AUGAUCACACACCUUCCCCUAGUCUCCCGUCUCUUCAAGCCCUCCAACCUGCGUGAUGUGGGCCAGGAGAAGCGUGCUCAGGGGGAGAUGACCUGCAAGAGCCAGAGACUGAUGCAGCAGGCAGAUCUCAUCCACCCUUCCAACCCUGGCAGCUACUACUACCUACCGGCCACCGUGCACUCCAUGGAGAAGCUGGUUAGGCUGAUCGACCAGGAGAUGCAGGGGAUCGGUGGGCAGAAGCUGGACAUGCCCAGCCUGUGUUCGGCAGAGCUGUGGAGACGCAGUGACCGCUGGGACCUAAUGGGGAAAGAGCUGUUUCGCCUGAGGGACCGCCACGGGGCGGAAUACUGCCUGGGCCCCACCCAUGAGGAGGCUGUGACAGAGCUGCUGGCCUCUCAGGGAACCCUGUCCUACAGACAGCUGCCUCUGCUGCUCUACCAGAUCACCCGCAAGUUCCGUGAUGAGCCGAAGCCUCGGUUUGGGCUUCUACGCGGGCGGGAGUUCUACAUGAAGGACAUGUACACAUUUGACAUGAGCGAAGAGGCUGCAUACCACACAUAUGAAUCUGUGUGUCAGGCUUACACCCGCCUUUUCUCCCGGCUAGGCCUGUGCAUUGUCCAGGUCCACGCUGACACAGGGAGUAAACUAUCCCAUGAGUUCAAGCUCCCCGCAGACAUCGGAGAGGACAGACUACUGGUCUGUGGUAGCUGCUCUUUCUCUGCCAAUGUGGAGACCAUGGAACCAGGCCGGACAGACUGCCCACAGUGCCAGGAGGGAACCCUGGUGGAGUCUAAGGGCAUAGAGGUAGGCCAUACGUUCUACCUAGGCAGCAAGUACUCACACAUAUUCAACACCACCUUCAACAACACCCAGAACAAGCCUGUUGUCACUGAGAUGGGCUGCUUCGGGCUGGGGGUUACCCAGAUCCUCGCUGCAGCCAUCGAGUUGAUGUCCACGGAGGAGGCUAUCCACUGGCCUGGGCUGCUUGCCCCCUACCAGGUCUGUGUUCUGCCCCCUAAAAGGGGCAGUAAGGUGGAUGAGGUGGCUGGUUUAGCUGAGGAGCUGGCCCUCACUCUGGGGGAGGCUCUGCCUAGGCUAAGAGGUGAGGUGAUUCUGGAUGACCGGACACAGAUGACCAUUGGUAAGAGGCAAGGAUACCCGUACGUGGUGGUAGUGGGGCAGAAGACUGCCGAGGAGACACCCAGGUUUGAGGUGAUCUGUCAGCAAACUGGUGAGACAACGUUCCUCAGUAGGGAUGGGCUGGUAGACCUACUCAGAUGCGUGGAGACAGUCUGA